AUGUCUCGUGUUUCAGCUGAGGAGACGAAUAUCUUCUUGAUCAAGUGCAUCAAGUACUCCAAUAAUGGAAAGCUAGCGAAUGCUGAUAAGAGUCACCUCAGCGCAAAACGCUAUGAGCGUAUCCUUAAGGGCAAUGGUAUUCAUCCAUCAUCCGGCGAGGGAGUGGACGAGGACGGUGCGCCUGGAUCCGCAAACGUGACUCCCAAGAAGAACGGGGCAUCGACCAAGCCCAAAACGCCUCGAAAGACUCCGACUAAGCCCAAGGCCAACGGAGCGUCGAAGACUCCUACCAAGCGCAAGACCAACAAGGGCGAAGCCAACAACGAAAGCCCCACUAAGAAAUUCAAGUCUGAAGAAAAGGUUUUGGACUCUGAUGCGUCCGCCAAAGCUGAUAAUGAUGAGGCAGAGGAAGAACUCCCGCUGCGUACGAAGAAUGACCCAUUCUUGCCUGUUCCUGGUGUCGAUAAGGAGUCAGAGGAUGCAAUGUUCAAGGAGUUCUGCAACACUGGAGCCGUGGUCAAGCACGAGAACGAGAUGAUUGAAAACCAGAUCGUUUAA